UGCACGAUGGAUGGGGGAGAUGGGGGGGAUGGGAUAACGGAAAUGAUUGCAGCGGGUACAGGAAGACGAGUAAGUCCGCUUGCAUUCUGCCAUGGCGACGGGGACGCCACGAAUGUUUAUUUGGGUGUUGUUUUUAUUUCUGUGGCUGAAAACAAAUAUUUACGUCUGUCAGCAGUUCACAAUUUCCUUCCAGCAACCGUCAGACUGUGGUACAGAUAAAAUAUUUGACAUUUCAAGUUUGUCCUGCGUCAGAUGUGGACCAAACCAAAUAAGCAGCAAAUCCGGCACCACGUGCGUUUGUCAGACUGGAUUCAAGGUUCUCUCCAGUAAUGGUGCAACGGUAACCUGUCAGCAGUGCCCAGCUGAAGCCAAACAGGCGGUUACAAAGGACGGCUAUGGGUGUAUUCGAUGUCCUGGAGGUUUAAAUCAGGAUGGAACGUGCCAGUGCCCCGCGGGGAGUGUCCUCGUGGAGAGGGACGUGAAUGGCAAUCUUCUGGAGCAGGCUGUGUGCGAAAGUUGCAGCCCAGCAGAGCCUGCGUUCUCCAUCCCUGAUGCGACCGGGAGCAGGUGCCAAAGAUGCCAGGACUCUUUCAUCAACACAUCCCUCUCCUGCACUUGUGGGCAGGGAAAUAUUCUUGUAGGAGGGUUGUGCUUCCCCCUGAACAACCUGCCAACAUCAGUAGUUACAACUGUCAGCUUUGCUCAGUCACUUCUUGUCCAGUCAGUAUGGUUCUCCAGACACCUGCACUCCUCUGCUGCGGCCUGCUUGGUCUUCUCCAACCUCACCGCCUGCCAGGCCCUGGGCAACAUGUGCGUGAUGAACAUGCACUCCGUCAGCGGCAUCGGCAACGACGCGUGCGGCCUCUACAACACCAUCUACAGGGCCACGGCUGCUCUGGGAUCAGCGCAGGCCAUCUCCUACUGGAGGUCGAACCUUCCGUGGCUGUUUUACGGGGACCAGCCUGGCCUGGCGUCCCGGGUCCUGAGGACGGACGCCCUCCCAGCCAGGUUCAGCUUCAAGGGGGCCAGCAAGAAUACAAAUAUCAACUUCAUUGCUGCCGUUUACAAUGCUAGAGGAGACUUUGUAAAGUGGGAGAGUGCCGGUGGAGGCAGUUUACAGCUAUGCCCUGACACAGCGGUCAGAAUCAAGGCUGCCUACACGUUCGGGACCGCCUAUCAGCAAAGCUGCGUCCUCUCUGUGUCCAAGAUUCUGACUGAUUUCCCAGAGCCGCUGUUUUAUGACAUAUUCAUGGACUUCACCCUGAGCAGUGGAGAGAGGAAGCUCUUAGCUGUGCCUGUCCGCAACCUCAACCAGCUUUUUAAUGGGCAGCUUGUCAACCAAGGGAGUAACAUGAACAAUUGGUAUCUGUCUCGGCGGAUACUAUUGGUGGACACUCUCACUGGGCGUGAAAACAGACUGGAGGCCCAGCCCAAAUUCAUACGUGUUGCAGCCAGCAUAAGGAUAAGUUUCCAGCUGGUUGCAGACACUCAGAAAGGAGAGGUCUACCCACCGUUGAUCACUGUCUCCUACUCAGAUAUUGCCAUCAAUAACCCUGACACACAGACAGUUCCCGUGUCGUUCACAGUAGAGUAUGAGAUGGACCAGAAGGAAGCCCAGAUCAAGACAGAUAUUGCUCUGGGAGUCCUAGGUGGGGUGUCCGUGCUGUACUCGCUCCUCAAGACGGCCAGCUGGAAGAGGAGAAUCGCCUCCCCGAUAAUCGAUCUUGAGACCAUCCUGAAAUUCUUGCUCUUCUAUGCUGGAGAUCUCGCCAACGUGUUCUUCGUCAUCACGGUGGGGACUGGACUGUACUGGCUCAUAUUCUACAAGGCCCAGCAGUUUGUGUCAGUCCUGCUGCCCCUGCCCUCCCAAGAGGAGCAAUUUGUCACGUACGUGGGCUGUGCAUUUGCCUUAAAGGCAGUCCAGUUUUUGCACAAGCUAAUCCAUCAAUUGUCCGUGGAUAUAUUUUUCAUUGACUGGGAGAGACCCAGAGGAAAAAUCAUGGAGGCGGCAGGAUCAACGAAAAGCAUUCCGACCCCCGUCAGUAUAUGGAGAACGUACUUCGUGGCCAACGAAUGGAACGAGAUCCAGACGAUUCGCCGAAUCAACCCCGCCUUCCAGGUGGCUACAGUCCUUUUCUUCCUGGAGAUCGUGGGCUUCUCCAGCCUGGCCCUCAGAGAUCCCUCCUCUGCUCUGAAGAGAGACAGUGAGGCCUACGUCCCGCAGUGGAGCCUGAUUCUGAGAUACGGCGUGGCCACAGCCGUGUGGCUCAUCAUCGGCUCACUGCAGAUACUGUUCUUCACGGUCUUCCACGAGAGGUUCGUGGAGGACAAAAUCCGUCAGUUUGUGGACCUCUGCUCCAUCAGUAACAUCUCCGUCUGGCUGCUCUCCCACCGCUGUUUCGGCUACUACAUCCACGGUCGCUCCGUCCACGGCCACGCUGACACCAACAUGGAGGAGAUGAACGUCAACCUGAAGAGGGAGGCGGAGAACCUCUGUGGUCAGAGAGGGCUGCUCCCCAACACCGACACCCAGACCUUCCAGAUCUCCAUCACCAACAGACUCCGUCAGCAGUACGACAGGAUCCUGGACCCGCUCACCAGGAGAAACGGGCCCUCGCGACUGUUGGAUGCCACGGCGAGUCCGUUCGAGCAGAACGCCAAAGCGUACAACACCAUGAACAGGUUCCUCAGUUCUGUCAUAGACCAUGCACAUAAGGAAAUGGACUACAUCGUAAAAGACAAACUGUUGUUCGAAAGAGUCAUCGGAAUGGAAUUCAUUGAACCGAUGGACAAAAGCUUAUUUUACAAUGAUGAAUCCCAUUCAUUCAGCGAUGUCCUUUACUAUGGAAACGAGGCCACCCUGCUGAUUUUCGACAUGCUGUUCUUCUGCGUCGUGGACCUGGGCAGUCAGAACUUUGUCUUGGCUGCAGUGCUUACCUAUCUGCAGCAACUGCUCUUUAAGCUGGUCCGAAAUGCCAUUAGUCGAAGGAACUUGGCAACAAAGACUCUUGUGGAUGAGAGGUUCCUCAUGUAGUGUUUCCCUCUGCUUUGGUCUGAGGAAGGUCAUGAGGUCAUUUGGGCAGUGCCUAUGUGACCAUGU